UGUUUUUCUCUCUCAAAAGAAAAAAAAGAAAGCAAUGGAGGCAGGAGCUCCUUCAACUAUUAAACUCUAUCCAUGGCAACUUUAUCAUAUUCUUACUCUCUCCAUUCUUUCUCUUCUCUCUCUACUACUUUUUCUUCCUCAACAUCAGUAUCUCCAAACCAUUAUACUCUCAAAUUCACUAACAAUAAUAAAAUCCAAUGCUUUUUUCCCCAUCAACAAAUAGUAACCAAAGUUCACAUUUUAUCUUCAGUACCGAAUAAAUUAAUUGAACAACCAAAACUUCUUUUACAUCCAAUUUUGUUAUUUGCUGGAUUUGAUAGACCUAUAGAUACUCAAACAUUUCUGGCCACUGUUAGUGUUUUGGUUGCCAUUUCCCUUUCUCUCUUCUUGGGCUUGAAGGGAGAUCCUGUUCCUUGUGAUAAAUGUGCUGGCAACGGUGGUACGAAAUGUGUUUUCUGUAAUGAUGGAAAGAUGAAGAAGGAAACAGGCUUGGUGGAUUGUCGAGUAUGCAAGGGUGCAGGAUUGAUUCUCUGCAGGAAAUGUGCGGGAUCAGGAUAUUCAAGACGCAUAUGAGUGUAGCCUAUCGAAAAGUCAGUCACUGCUCGGUUUUGUAGAUUCUUCAUUCAAAUUUGAUUGAGAAUUGUUGGCAAUUUCUUCAGCAUAUAUACAUGGAUGAAGAUUGCUAUUUUCAGCUUCUCUGUUUACAAUUGUAGCCUAUUUCUAGUCACUCAUCCUAAGUUUCUUCCGAUCAAGUGUAAGCUAACUAAAAAUGAAGUACAAAAGUGUCUGUCAAAAUAAAGUUUGGACAUUUCGAGCUCUUUCGAAGUGCAAUCGUA